AUGAGCUUCACAAGGACCUACGAGGCCGGACAGACUCAUAGGAGCAAGCUGGACUCUAUGACUAGUCAAGUUCUAAAACGCCAGCAGAAAAUGAGUGCGGUUCUCGAUGAAAGAUUGGAUUCUGUAUAUCCUGAUUUACAUGAUAAGUUUGAAACUUUGAGUGACCAUGUCAAGAAAUUGGAUAGCCAAGUUGCGCAUAACGCUGGGUUUGUAAGAAGGGAUGAAGGAUUCCUUCCUGGAAAAACUGACACCAACCCGAGACGCCAAGUUUGCGCUGCGUUACUAAGAAGCGGAAAACGCCAUUCCCCGAGCGCUAUAGAAACCACUUCUGCAGAAAAACCCCCUGAAGCUGAAAAGGAAAUGAUUAACCUCGAUGAAGAAGAGGUGGAGUCAAAAGAAGAUGUGGAAAUCGAUCGACAAGAAGGGAAUAAUGUCGAUCGACCGACUACGGUAUAUAUCGAUGGACAGAAUGAAAACAAUGUCGAUCGACACUCGACCCCUGCCGCGCCGGCGGUAAAGAGAGUGUAUAGGACUUUGCCACCCUUUCCUCCUAACAAGACGCAAACUAAGCGAGAAUUGGAUAAAGCGAUCUGUAAGAAAGCAUUCGAUAAAAUCACGUUGGAAAUGCCACUAAGUGAUUCCAUAAAAAUAUCAUCUUCGAUUAAGAAAUAUGUAAAAGACAUGGUAUCCAACAGCUUCCCAGCUGCUGAACACAGCAUCAUGAUGGUUUCACAGGAAGUAAGUGCAAUAAUCCAAGGCAAAACCCCGAUCAAGAGACCUGUUCCGGGUAGUUUUGUUCUAGAUUGCAACAUCGAGAUAAGAGUUUUCCUCGAUCCCUUUGUGACCUAG